AUGCUUCUCGCCAGCAGUGCUAGGGAUGGGGCUAACCCAUCUGCCAAUCACAUACGAACAAACCGCUUACCUGACGUUACAACAACAGGAAGAAUCAAGAGAGGAACGAAAGGGAAGCGAGAGCAUGGGCGACACCAGGGUAAACACAAGGCAGGUGCGUAUGCCUGUCCUGCCGCUGGAUGCGAUUACACGUUCCACAGCGCUACUCUGCUUGAACGACAUAGGCGUCACGACUCAUCGUUCCCUUUCCAGCUUCCCGAAGCAUAUUUCUUCCGGUGCCCGUCUUCGUCUCAAGCCUUCAGUCCGACCGACACGGGGUCUCCGAGUCUCAGCGAUUCGCAUUCAGCCCGAGCCACACCCUUAGCUUCGUCCCAGAACGGCGAAGCGACAGGCAGCGAACGGUAUGGAUCGUACAGCCCAACACCGUCACACGAAGCCCUUGUCUCAACAUCCGAGGCUUCCGUCAAUGGGCAGGAGGCACCACCGAGAGCGCAACACCUUCGAGUACCGAGCAGAAGCCCCAUGAACAAUACACGAAGGAAACCGACUCAACGACCCCUGCCCAGGAAUGUGACCAGCUCUCCAUCAGUCUUGCAAGAUAACCGCUACAAUGAAGAGAUGGUCCUUGCACACAACUUUGCGUUCCCACCUACAGGUUACCAGCACAACUUCGUCGAGCACGGAUUUAGUCCACACUCUCCCCAGACUGGCUAUCGAGCCGAAGAUAAUCUUACAGGUCAAUCAUUCUACCGCCAGACACACGAGCAGAGUCAAUUCGCUCCAAUCUCGGAGAUGUCUUCAAUUGCCGCACAGGUUCCAACAUGGCAAGCACCUCGUCACAGCGUCCCGACCUCUCUUGGAUCCGAUACCCCAUUGGCGUGCUGGGUAGGCUCAAGCACGUACAAUCAUGAUGUUACACCCACCUAUGUGUAUGGUCGUCAUUCGUCGCACCCAACCAUGUCGUCCGAAUCUCAUGUUCUGAAUCAGCACUUCCCACAGCAAAGCAUGAAUCGGUUUCUACAGAACCAGACUCAGUGGCACGCCCACAAUCAGCAGUACCAAUAUCCACCUCAGCAUAGUGGCUCUUAUUCAGAAGAAAGGACUCGACGGAACAGUGUAUCACCACGCCAUUCGACAGGCAAUCUCUACCCAGGUCUAAAUCCAUAUACGAGUACAACUAGCGGUUAA